AGUCAUUGCGUUCACUCUGGAUCAUCUUCUAGGAUCGUCUUCUAUAUAUUUCUCUUGAAUCAAAUAAACAAGGAACAAGGAAGAGAUAUCAGGUAAGGUGCUCUCUUCUAGAGAAUUGAAUAUUGUCAUGGAGAGAACUUCGAUUAUGGGUUUCAUUUUACCCAUUCUCUAUUUAAUGACAAUACAACUUGCUUGCAAUGGUGAUACUCAUUUUGAUAGUUUACAAUCCGAUCGAGAAGCUCUUAUUGAUUUCAAACAAGGUCUCGAAGAUCCCAACAAUCGACUUUCAUCAUGGAAUGGAAGUAAUUAUUGCCAUUGGGAAGGAAUUACUUGUGAAAAUGACACGGGAGUUGUCAUUUCAAUUGAUCUUCAUAACCCUUAUUCUCCUGAGGAUGACUACGAGAAUUGGAGCUCUAUGAGCUUGGGUGGAGAAAUUAGACCAUCAUUGGUAAAACUCAAGUUUUUGAAAUAUCUAGAUUUGAGUUUUAACUCAUUUGAAGACAUCCUAAUUCCUCCAUUCUUUGGGUCAUUGAAAAAUUUACAAUAUCUAAAUUUAUCGAAUGCUGGGUUUAGUGGUGCAAUUUCUUCAAAUUUAGGAAAUCUUUCCAAUUUGCAGCAUCUUGAUAUUUCUUCUAAUGAUUUAUUUGUUGAUAACAUUGAAUGGAUGGUUGGUCUUGUUUCUUUGAAACAUCUUGACAUGAAUUUUGUUAACCUUUCAUUGGUAGGACCUCAGUGGGUGGAGGUAUUAAACAAACAUCCAGUUUUAACUGAGUUGCAUCUAACUAAUUGUAGCCUCUUUGGCUCAAUUCCAAUGCCAAGCUUUCUUAAUUUUACCUCACUUGCUAUUAUAACUCUCAGUGACAACAAUUUCAAUUCCAAGUUUCCUGAAUGGCUUGUAAAUGUUAGUAGUCUUGUAUCCAUUGAUAUAAGCUAUAAUACAUUACAUGGAAGGCUUCCACUUGGUCUUGGUGAACUACCCAAUUUGAAAUAUUUGGAUUUAUCUGGGAACAACGAUCUUAGAGGCAGUAUCUUUCAACUAUUGAAGAAGAGUUGGAAAAAGAUAGAAGUUCUCAAUUUCGGUGCAAAUAACUUUCAUGGUUCAAUUCCAAGCUCCAUUGGAAAGUUUUGCCACUUGAGAUAUUUGGAUUUGAGUUCCAACCACUUGGAUGGAAAUUUACCAGAGGCCAUCAAAGGACUUGAAAACUGCAGUUCUAGAAGCCCUUUGCCUGAUCUGAUGGAGUUACGCUUGAAUGACAAUCAGUUGACGGGAAAAUUGCCAAACUGGUUGGGUGGGCUUAAAAAUCUUGUGAGACUCGAUUUAUCCAACAACAAACUUGAAGGUCCCAUCCCUUCUUCUUUAGGGACACUGCAACAUCUGGAGUAUAUGAUGCUUGGAGGGAAUCAGCUUAAUGGAAGUCUCCCAUACAGUAUUGGACAGCUUUCUCAAUUGCAUAACUUGAAUGUUUCUUCCAAUCAUUUGACUGGAACUCUCUCUGAACAACAUUUCUCAAAGCUGAGGAAGUUGGAGGAUCUGAACUUGAACUUCAAUUCUUUCCGUUUGAAUGUCAGUUCCGAUUGGGUUCCUCCUUUCCAGGCGAAUUCUAUUGCCAUGGCUUCAUGCCAUGUAGGCCCUUCAUUUCCAGCUUGGAUUCAGUCUCAAAAGAACCUCUGGAUAUUUGAUUUCGCCAAUGCUAGCAUUUCAAGUUAUAUUCCAGACUGGUUCUGGGAUAUUUCUUUUGAUCUGCUGGACUUGACUCUCUCCCACAACCAAUUGCAGGGUCGGUUACCAGAGAUAUUAACAUUUUCUGGUAUUCUAUAUGUUAAUUUCAGCUUCAAUCUCCUUGAAGGGCCUAUUCCUCUUUCCGCUUUCGGGGUCGGUAUACUUGAUCUCUCCCAUAAUAAUUUUUCUGGCCAUAUCCCAUUGAGCCAAGGUGAAUCCAUGUCGUCCUUGACUUCCCUCACUCUUUCAAACAAUCAAAUAACAGGCCCCAUCCCAUCCAACAUUGGUGAAUCCAUGCCAAACUUGUAUUUCAUUUCGCUUUCGGGUAAUCAAAUAACAGGAACCAUCCCAGAUUCCAUACGGCUACUGAAUGGUCUUCAAGUGAUUGAUUUUUCAAGGAAUAAUUUGACUGGAAGCAUUCCUUCUACCAUGACUAAUUGCACCGACCUGAAUGUUUUGGACCUGGGAAAUAACCGUUUGUCUGGGACGAUACCAAAGAAUUUUCAUCGGUUAUGGCGGCUCAAAUCACUGCACCUGAACCACAACAAGUUUUCAGGAGAGUUUCCCUCGUCUUUAAAAAAUUUGUCAAGAUUGGUAACCCUUGAUCUUAGCUAUAACAACUUUUCUGGGAAAAUUCCAAAAUGGAUUGGAACUGGAGCUGCGUUCAUGAAUCUGAGUAUUCUAAGUUUGAGGUCCAAUGCAUUCACUGGAGGGCUUCCUGUUCAGCUUGCAAAUUUAAGUUCAUUACAUGUCCUGGACCUUGCCGGAAACCGUCUGACUGGCAUCAUCCCACCUGCCUUGGGCGAUCUCAAGGCCAUGGCUCAAGAGCAAAACAUCAACCGAGAGAUGUUGUAUAGGGCGUCUGCAGCCUACUACUACCAAGAAAGGUUUGAUGUGAGUUCAAAAAGCCAGAUUCUACAAUAUACCACGACUCUUUCUCUGGUUGUUAGUAUAGAUCUAUCCAACAACAAAUUUAGUGGAGAGUUUCCCAAGGAAAUGACCAACUUACAUGGUUUGGUGAUUCUGAACUUGUCAAGAAACUGCAUCACUGGCUCAAUUCCAGAAAACAUUUCAAGGUUACGUCAAUUAUCAUCUCUGGAUCUCUCAAAUAAUAGGCUUUCCGGUGUACUUCCUCAAAGCAUGUCUUUGUUGACAUUUUUGGGCUAUUUGAACCUGUCCAACAACAAUUUCUCAGGUAUGAUUCCUUUUAUAGGACAGAUGACAACUUUCAAUGCCUCUAUUUUUUAUGGAAACCCAGGUCUUUGUGGAGCUCCGCUUGUUAGAAAAUGUGAAGAUAAUCCCGAAGGACAAAGUGCUAAUGAUGAUAAGGAUGAGGAUCACAAUGGCUUCAUUGAUGAGUGGUUUUAUUUGAGUGUUGGUUUGGGAUUUGCAGUGGGUAUUUUAGGCCCUUUUUUUGUUUUGGUAUUGAAGAGAUCUUGGUCUGAGGCAUACUUUAGUUUUGUGGAUGAAAUUGUAUAUAAUCUGGGGUUAGAAAGAAGAAGAAGCUGGAGAAGAAGAAGAAGAAGAAGAACCCAUGGCUGAAACUAAAAGAGAGUGACAAUAAAUUGUAUUUGUAUUGUUGUGUGUCCUUUAUGUAUGAAUACAAGCUUUGGAAAUGUAUUUCAUCAUGAAAUCAGCAAAGAAGCCUUUGAAAUUUGGGAAUAA